CACCCAAGGUCGUUGGACUCCGAGGCUCCGCCCGUGGGCGCCCUCAUAGAUGCUUCGCUUUUGUGGCUAAUUAUGGGCAACUGCCUCAAUUGUCAGAAUGGUGAUUCUCAAGAAGAGGAUGAGUCAAGGGAGGAGACUAGAAGGGGAGCUAAUGAGAAUAGGAGAGGUUGCUUCUCCACCUAUUUGGUGCAUCAUUUGCAUGUGUGAUUAUGAACAAGGCGAUGAAGUACGCUACCUUCCAUGCCUGCAUACGUACCACCGUGUGUGUAUCGAUGAUUGGUUGAUGAGAGCUCUCACAUGUCCUUCCUGCCUAGUUGAAUUGAAGCCUUCGUCACCCCAAAUUAGUCGCUCCACGGAAAGUACAUGUGCGGAUGAGCCCAGCGGGAUCAAUGAAUUCACUAGGAUAUCUACCGAACCCCCAUCGUACAGCUCCGCAGUUCUAGAGACUGGUAAUAGAAAUUUGCGAAAACGUGGUGACUCGGCGGAUACGGCGGUUCGCGAAGGAUCAAACGACACUGAAACUAAUUCAUCACCAAAUCCAGCGUUGCCUUGUCAUGUUUCCAAGCGUUCUAGCCCUCGUCGGAAAUCUACCAGUAACAGCAAUGUCAGUGGUGGAGACUGUUCCGACGUUAUUCUCAAUUUGAAUGCCUAUUCUACAAUCCGCGGUCAGCAUAGACGUACGCGAUCCAACGGCCAUGUCAUCUCAAGGCCUGAAUAUACUGUACAGUCUGAUUUGUCACGCCCGGUGCGGCAUCGUCGAGGGAACAGCACGUCUGAUAUCACACCUCAACUUGUCGGACGAUUGCUCUUUGUUCGACCACAGAGUCCCCAUACAGUUGAACAAAACGUGUCAUCCAGGACAGCCACACUACACUCUGCCACAUCACGCCAAGUGGAUGGUGACUCUCACUAAGUCGCUCGCUGGCUAGACUAAAUGCUAGGUAGACGUUCUGCCUGUGGUAUCAUUUGUUUUCGUCCACAUUGUACACGUGGCGGUUGUUCCGCUUUUGUCCCAUUCGUAUGCGCAGUAUAGGUUGUUUACCUGUUUUCUUUUCACAAUCAUACUCUAAUAUUUCUUUGCUUUGCAAAAGAAUUCAUUUGCCCAUUGUUUUGCACCGACACGCACCGACAACUACUUUGUCUGCGUACAUCAGCGCACUCGAAAAGUUUGUUCUUUCGAUUCAUCACAAUCUAUCUGCUUAUGAAGUAACCGACUGUCCUCCAUUUUACCUAACCAAAAGUAUCCGCCCUGUUCUAGGGUGCCUGUCACUUUCAACUCAACAGCCUCAAGACCUGCUUGUGCCACACUGCAGUGGUGCGUUUGGGUCUGCUCUGCUGUAGUGUACUGUAAAGAUUUGUUUUUGUUCACUGUUGGUCGAAUUAUUGUUCGAUGAUUCACACUUUCAUAACAACUGUCACUUAUUACCCCGUUCAUGCUGCUUAUUUCCUCUCCAUCUUGCCACCCCGCUACAACAGCGUAUUGCUUUCAGUCAAUGCAUAACUCUCCUUAAGUGAUGCUCUUUUUCUAGAAAACGGUUUUGUACUCCUUAAGCGUGCCGGACUCUCCCACUCUUCUGCUGUGUCAAUACCCAUAUCUCCCCUUAUUUACCUUUACAACCCGAUGAUUCCCUUCGCUGGAACGCUCCCUCCAUCUUGAACGACCGCUGUGAACGCUUUUAAGCAAACCACUGUCGUACAUAUACCUACUCACCGGUUCAUGUUCUACCGUUUGCUAUUCUACAGUCACAUGCUGUUCCUCACUCAAAUCAGUGAUUACAGACGACCAGUUAUUUUUCGGUUGUUUGUGACAAUGAUUCUGCUUUUAUUUCGUAGUGUUCUUGGAACAUGACUUCCUCAGUUACUACUGUUGCAUUUUUCGUUUGGUUCCGACGGUUUCUUUUUGGAUAAAUGCUUUCUUU